AUGCAAAUUCCGCGUAAAGCGUCCAAGGGGAGGAUGAGUGCUGCGCCGGCAGCUGCCCCCGCGGGGAAAGUGGUGAUCGUGACCGAGGUGCCGACGGCGUUGAAGCAGCUAGCUAGGCUCGUGUCGCGCGGCUUCUACUCUAUAGAAGACUCGCUCAUUGUGGAUAUUCUUGUGAGGAACCCUUGUAUGAAAGAGGACGAUAUCUGUGAUUUGCUGAAACUCGAGAAGAAGCAGCUGCGUGCACGAAUAGCCACGUUAAAAAACGACCGUUUUAUUCAGGUUCGGCUGAAGGUAGAAACCGGACAGGACGGGAAAGCACAAAGAGUGAAUUACUAUUACGUUAAUUACAAGAGUCUUGUCAAUGUUGUGAAGUACAAAUUGGACCAUAUUCGGAGGAAGUUGGAUGCCAGGGAUCGGGAUGAAGCCAACCGGGCCAGUUUUCAAUGCAGGGAAUGUCAGAAAACCUUUACUGAUCUAGAGGUUGAUCAGUUGUACAAUUUUGAAACGGAGGAGCUAAGGUGUACAUUCUGCAACGGAGAAGUUCUGGAGAGCGUCGUCGGGGACACUUCUGGCGAGAACAGCGAGCGAAUGACGAUGCAGAAGUUCAACGAACAACUUGGCCAGUUGUUCGUGCUUUUAGGACAAGUGGAAGGGAUCCAACUUGCAGCUGAGCUUCUUGCUCCCGAGCCCACCGACAUGGCUGCUCUCACCAGCAAUCUCAUGGAUGGAAAAGGAAGAAAAGAAGGGGUGUGGUCUGGGGAAGCCACGCGAAACCAGGGUUUGUUGGAGGACACACCAGUCACGAUCUCUUUCGGGAAAGAAGGCGCCGAUGCGGACGCCGCGAAAACCCGCGUGCAGAAAGACCGCCCGAUCUGGAUGACGACCAGCACAAUCGUUGACUCUGCUGCCUCGAAUACGACGCAGAAUGGGUCGAGUGCACCUUCUGCGGCACCAGCUUCGGGCAAGUCAGCAGCGAAGCCGUCGGACGACAUCAUGUCUUUCCUGAUGGCGCACGAGAUGCCAUCUUCGAGUGCCACGCCGCCUGCCGCCCCUCCGCCAAUAUCGGCAAUCAGUGUCGGGGGAGCCAACACGGACGAGGAGAUGGAGGAUGACGAAAUGGAGGAUAGUGACGGCGACGAGGUUCAGGUGAUGAAUGGUGGACCCUGCGUGACGGUGGGAGGAGAACGAGUGCCCUUGGCCAGUGUGGACGCUUCUGUGAUAGCAAGGAUGAGCCAAGUGGAGAAGGACGAGUACAUCCGCUUGUAUCAGGAAAACUUCUCGCACAUGUUCGAUUGA